UGGCGGCUGCGGCGGAGGACCCCGGAGACAUGGGGUGCACACGCGAUGCCAUCCUGGAUGCUCUAGAGAACCUGACCGCGGACGAGUUCAAAAAGUUCAAGAUGAAGCUGCUUUCAGUGCCGCUGCGGGAAGGCUAUGGACGCAUCCCCCGGGGGACCCUGAUGCCCCUGGACGCCGUGGACCUUACCGACAAGCUCGUCAGUUACUAUCUGGAGGCGUACGGUGCCGAGCUCACGGCGCUCGUGCUUCGCGACAUGGGCAUGCAGGAGGUAGCGGAGCAGCUGCAGGAGACCAUGAUGAGCAAGGGCGCUAGAAACGUGCCAGCCGAGGUCAAGGCCCCUCUCCAGAAGAUAGCCAAGCCAGGACUGCACUUUGUGGAACAACAUCGGGCGGCUCUCAUCGCACGGGUCACAGUCGUGGAUGAGGUGCUGGAUGCCCUGUACGGGAAGGUCCUGACAGAGGACCAGUACCAGGCAGUGCGGGCAGAGCGCACUAGUUCGGAUAAGAUGAGGAAGCUCUUCAGCUUCGUUCCAGCCUGGAACAUGACCUGCAAGGAUCUGCUCCUCCAGGCGCUGAGGGAGACCCAGCCCUACCUGGUGGACGACCUGGAGCAGAGCUGAGGCGCCUUCUCCAGCAAUGGCUCCCACAUACCACCCCUGGCUGUUCCAGCCAACUUAUCUGGAAUCUCUGAUUU